AUGGGCGUUCGAAUCACCACAUGGAAUGUCAAUGGAAUACGCAACCCAUUUGGCUAUGAACCAUGGCGAAACAAAAGGACAUUCGAGGCAAUGUUCGAUGUCCUUGAGGCCGACAUAGUGUGCUUUCAAGAGACCAAGAUCCAAAGGAAAGACCUUCGAGAUGACAUGGUUCUUGUCCCAGGGUGGGACUGCUACUUCAGUCUGCCGAAGCACAAGAAAGGAUAUUCUGGCGUCGUGAUCUAUACGCGGAACUCUGUCUGCGCCCCCAUCAAAGCUGAGGAAGGGAUCACCGGGGUCCUUACGCCACCAAAUUCUUCAACAAGCUUUCGAGAUCUGCCAGAAGAAGAACAGAUUGGUGGCUAUCCAACUGGUGAACAACUACGACAAUCCGAGGUUGAUGCGACAACACUAGACUCUGAAGGCCGAUGUGUGAUACUCGAGUUCCCUGCCUUCGUCCUAAUUGGAACUUACUGUCCCGCGAACCGCGAUGACACCCGCGAUGCAUUUCGAAUCGGUUUCUUGGAUAUGGUAGAUGCUAGGAUCCGUAAUCUCGUUGCAGUGGGAAAGAGGGUGAUCUGGACUGGGGAUCUGAACAUCUCAAGGGAAGAGCUCGAUACAGCAGCCGCGGAAGAGUCAAUGCGGAAGCAUGGCAUGACUGGAGAAGAAUAUGUGUCCACACCUGCAAGAAGGAUGUUCAAUCAGAUGCUUCUAGGUGGUAAGGUGAUUGGAGCAAGAGAUGAAGGCCGGGAGAGGCCCGUGAUGUGGGAUGUGACGCGCAGCUUUCAUGAAGGGCGGAAGGGCAUGUUUACAUGCUGGGAGACGAAAGUCAAUGCUCGACCUGGGAACUAUGGCUCAAGAAUUGACUAUGUUAUUUGUAGCCUGGACAUGAGGGACUGGUUCAGCGACUCUAAUAUCCAGGAAGGCCUUUUGGGGUCUGAUCACUGUCCUGUGUACGCCGUCUUGAAGGACCAGGUCAUCAUGGAAGGCAAGGAGGUGUUCAUGCGCGAUUUGUUGAACCCUCCAGGCAUGUUUCAGGACGGGGUCAGAGCACACCAAUGGACUACAAAGAACUUGCUGCCAAUGUCAGGCAAGCUGAUCACCGAGUUUGAUCGCCGUCGGAACAUAAGAGAUAUGUUCUCGAGGAAGCCAUCUUUGCCGACUGCUGAAAGCUCCAAUGGCACAUUUGUCGGUAGCGUAGACCGGACUCCUACGAUUAUGCCUAGCCCCGAGCCCGCAGUUAAGCAGGACGAAGACUCACAAUCCUCGGUCGUGGCGCCGUCCGUACCGAUCGCUGCUCCAGUCCCGAAGAACAGCGCGUCAACAAAAAGAAGCCAGAAGGAGACCACACAGCCCGUAGCAAAGCGAGCAAAAUCUGGGUCACAACCAUCUACCACGGCCGAAAUCAAGAAAGGCCAGAAGAGCUUGAAAGGCUUCUUUCAGCCAAAGUCUACAUCUAAACCAUCCUCGCAAUCUGAUGGACUCUAUGGCACAGACGAGGAAAAGAUAACGGUUCUAGCAGCAGAGACCCAAGAAAUUUCAGAAGUAGAUAUCGCUGUUACAGCAGCGGCAGACGAUCUAGCUACACCAUCUCCGACCAGAAGCCAGCAGUCCAAUAGUAACAGCUUCGUCGAUCCGAUCGUAUCAAAAGAGUCCUGGGGCAAGCUCUUCAUCAAGCCUGCCGCACCCAAAUGCGAGCAUGAGGAACCCUGCAAGACCAUGCUAACAAAGAAGACUGGUGUGAACUGUGGCAGAUCUUUCUGGAUGUGCGCCAGACCACUGGGACCCAGCGGAAAUAAGGAGAAAGGAACGCAGUGGAGGUGCAGCACCUUCAUCUGGGCAAGUGACUGGAAUGGUGGUGGCUGA